AUGCCUAUGCACUUUCCAUAUACAAAUACGAAUACAACAGGACAUUAUAUUUAUGGAACAGCUGUCUAUCCUAAUUUUGGAAUUAAUUAUAAUCCAUAUUUUUCCUCAUUUUGUUCAAAUUCAAAUGGUCUUUUAUCAACACCAUCACAAACAUUAAUACCAAGACCAAUUGAACAAAAUAAAAAUUUAAAUAUUCGUGAAAAUAAACGAAUAAUGCCAAAAAAUAAUUUAUCUCUUCCAUCUGAUGAAAAGACAAACGAUAUUGAUUCAAAUGAUUUUUUAACAUUCAUUGAACAAAAAACAAAACCAAUAUCGGAUUUAAAUCCUUUUGCUAAUGAAUUUUCUCUUGUAACGAAUAAGAAUAAUCAAAUGGUAGCUACAAACAAUGAAAAUAAUCCGACAUAUAAAUUAAUAUUUAAUGAUUUAAUUGCACAAAGUCUUCAAUCAAUUGAAGCUAUUAAAAAGGCAUCAAAAAGAGUUUCUGUUAAUCAUGUUGCUGUUCAACAUGAUCAAUCAAUUGAUCAAAUCAAUUGUUCAACACAAACAGAUGAUGAUGAUGAUAAUCAACAUAACCUACUUGGAGAUUAUAGCUCAUGUACAGUUAAAUUAAUGAAUAAACUAUUUGAAAAUUUUAAAUAUUUAUUAUUAUUAUCAAAUGACAAUGAUUUAUAUAAUGAAUUGAAAUUGACAAGCAAUAUCUUAGAUGAACUUCAUUAUUUAAUAUUAGUUACUAAUCAGAUAAUAACAUCAAAUAAAUCAUUAGUAAAUAGAGAUAAUCUAUUUAGUAAUAUGAUAAAAGGUCUUUCAAUUCAAUCAUCACCGAUUAUGUUUGGAGCAGACAGACGAACACGUCGAUUGAUUUCAUCGUCGAUAAGUUGUUCAUCAAUACCAUCAGUUUCUUCUCGACAGAUUGAUCCAAUAACAAUAGUUAAGUCAAAAAUAUGUUUACUUUGUCGAAAACCUAUCAAUGAUAGUAAUGAUGUUAUGCAUGAAUUAUGUCGAUUAUUGUCAUCUCCUCCAGAUGUUUCCAAUGAUAUAUAG